ACAAAACGCAACUUAGAAGGUUGCAAUAUUAGAAAAGGUAAUACCAUUGUCAACAAGCGGUUCAAGGAAAGUAAUAUACCUACCACGUAUCAAGUAGUUCAUGUGAGCUGAUUGUGUAUUUUACAAAUACAAAUGAAAUUUGUCGAUGCCUCUUUUAACAAGAAUUAAGGGGACAUCGAGAAAGGACUUUGUGGUGCAUUGCUGAGGUAUUUGGAAUUACUAUAAACAAUGGUCUAUCUUACUGUAUAUAGAGCUAUGUGGGCAAGGUUGCCCAGAAGUAGCGUUAUACAUAAGGAGCCUAUGUUACUACACCUCUAUGCUGGAAUAAAUCAUCAACAACAAGAAGGCUCUUCCAUCACAAACAAUUUGGAAUCUGACAAUGAUUUUAAAACGAUUCUCAAGGAACAUGGGAUUAGCUGCUACAUACAGAAUGUUAGCCACAUACAUCCAAAUAUAUUAACUAAACUUGAUGUUAAAACUGUACCUAUAGUGUUGGGUGUUUUUAACGGCGAGAAAAUAGGAGAAUAUACACCAUCUAGUACUGUUUCAUGCGCCAUUAACUUGUGUAAGAAGAUUGCGGACGCUAAAUUGAAUUAUGAAAACAAGUGUCAAUCUGAACAUAAAUCUACCCAAGCAGAAAUUGAUGCUAUUAUCGCAGGCAAGUCAAAAUCUGAGGCGUUAUCGGAGCUUACAAAGUUUGAAUCUAGCAAUAUACAUCGAUUGGAAUUUGAUGACGUUCUUAGAAAGUUACUGGCACAAACAAGGUUAAGAUUAUGUUGGGGUGGUGAUACUGAUACUUGUAGUCAGCCGCCAGACCUCAACGUACUUCGCGAUCACAUAAGAUUUGUAGAUGAAAUAUUGGCGGAAUUUACCGUGGUUGCCGCAGAGGGCAUAAUUGCCUCCCAACCAGUGGUUAAAGGUAGUACCGCAUACAAAAGAUCCGCUAUAUCCCGUCCAUUAAAGUUUAAUGACCAUAGAGAUGGAGAUCAUGUUUUGAAAGAAUAUAAUAAAGUCGAUAAUCUCAAUGUUAUUCAACCCGUGUUCCAUAGCAACCAAGACAGCCCAUCGCAUCAAUCUAAAUGUUACGAACUUCACCAAAAACUGGUAGAUUUUGCAAAAGAAUACGUCUAUGCAACUGACUAUCUGCAUGGAGGUUAUAUUACUGAGGCAUUGGCAAGAUUGGUCAAGAUCCACAUAAUGCAAAAUAUUGGGGUACUGCUCUUUUUGGAAGGAAGUGAACAAGAGGCCAUCCAAGAAGUUACAAGUGCUUAUGAAGAUUUAGUUCAUUUGCUCAAAUGCGAUCAAAUCGAUAUUUCAACAUUUCAAAAGCAUCAUGUUGGGAGGAUUCUAGAAUUGAUGUUCACGGCAAUGCCGUGGGAUGACCCAGCGGUGUUGAUAGCUAGAGCUACUCUGGAAACAAUUGACGGUCCCCGUCUUUUAAAUCGCAUACCCGAAAGAACUAGACCUUUGGGAGGACCCGUCUCUAAGAGGCGUGGAUUUGGUGGCCGUUACUCAUGGCAAGGACCAGAUUACCGUCCGAAAAAAUACCGUCCACGUGAGCCUGAUCAGUAUCUAAAUGAAUGGAGGUAUCAGGCUGAUGCCAAUUUGCCUACGUGGUAAAUUCUGAGAUACAUAGUUUCGUAUAAAUUCAUAGCCCAAUAUAUACAACAUGGUACAUUU